CCUCCAUAUACAUUAGCGCAAUCGCGCCCCGCCCGUCAGUGCGAGACGCGAGAACGAGCCUCCCUGCCGCCUGUAUCGAUGAAGUUGUUUCAAAAAUGGCGGAUUUCCUGCCGUCCCGGUCCCUUUUAUCGCUAUGUUUUCCUAACUGUCUCCUCACGAGUAGCGAAGCGGAACAAGUACGAAAAUCGAAGGAAAUAGACAAGUGUCUCAACCGAGACAAAACGUAUGUGAAGCGCCUGGUGAAGAUUCUGCUGCUCGGAGCGGGCGAGAGUGGCAAGUCCACUUUCCUCAAGCAGAUGCGCAUCAUCCACGGACAAGACUUCGAUCAGAGGGCCAAGGAGGAGUUCAGAGGAACCAUUUUUAGCAACGUGAUAAAAGGUGUCCGUGUGUUGGUGGACGCCCGGGAGAAGCUCCACAUCCCUUGGAGCGACCAUGCCAACCAGCGGCACGGGAGCACCAUGAUGGCCUUCGACACGCGCUCGGCCAUGACCAGCGGGCACGGCACGGUGGAGACCAAGGUGUUCCAGCACUACCUCCCCUCCAUCAGAGCCCUCUGGGCCGACGCCGCCAUCCAGCAGGCCUACGACCGGCGCAGAGAGUUCCAGCUGGGGGAGUCGGUCAAGUAUUUCCUGGACAAUUUGGAAAAGCUUGGCAAGUCGGACUACCUUCCCAGCCAGCAAGACAUCCUCUUGGCCAGGAAACCCACGAAAGGCAUCCACGAGUAUGACUUUGAGAUCAAGAACGUGCCCUUCAAGAUGGUGGACGUGGGCGGCCAGCGCUCUGAGCGCCGGCGCUGGUUUGAGUGCUUUGACUCGGUGACCUCCAUCCUGUUCCUGGUGUCGUCCUCUGAGUACGACCAGGUGCUGAUGGAGGACCGGCAGACCAACCGCCUGAGCGAGUCGCUCAACAUCUUCGAGACGAUCGUGAACAACCGCGUGUUCAGCAACGUCUCCAUCAUCCUCUUCCUCAACAAGUUCGACCUGCUGGAGCGCAAGGUGGCGGCGCGCGUGUCGAUCCGGGACUACUUCCCCGAGUUCUCGGGCGACCCGGGCAGCCUGGCCGACGUGCAGCGCUUCCUGGUCGACUGCUUCCGGGGCAAGCGGCGCGAGCAGCCGCCGGCGCAGCAGGCCCAGAAGCCCCUGUACCACCACUUCACCACGGCCAUCAACACGGAGAACAUCCGCCUGGUGUUCCGCGACGUCAAGGACACCAUCCUCCACGACAACCUCAAGCAGCUGAUGCUGCAGUGAAGAGGGGGCAGAGGGGAGACCCUAUGGACCGCGGAGAGGGGGCGGAGAGCGGAGGAGGACCACGGGAGGUCUGAGGUCAGCCUGCACGUCUGCCGGGUGUUCUUGGAGAACCGUCUCUGCCGGUCACCCCUACUGCCACACCGUCGCUCCCUCUGAACUCUGACAGAAAGGGUGUAUAGGUACACACCACUACCGAUCCCCCUUCCCCCCGCUCUCCUCCACCUGCUCACUGUGACUUUGAACAUAACCUUCGUGGGGGAUCGAUCCCUCGCUCCCCACUGCUCUUUAAAACCACUGUAAAAGCUUCCUCUGAUGCCUCUCAACCUGCUCCCGGCCCGUCAUGACGUUCUUUCUGGGGCCUUUCUGCGAGGUGUCGGCGCGGGUUCGUAUUAUCCCUCUGGUUCAAACACGCGUCAUGUGGUCAGAGAGGGGGGAUUGGAUGCAGAAGUGUUACGGUCCGACGAGAGGCAUGUAGCGCAGGAUCGGUCCAGUUGUCGAAUGAUUGUGAAUUGGCCUUUUGUGAAAGUAACUUUUUAGGGGAGUAAAAUGAAUUUUUUAUUUUUUAAAACCACUUCUGUACCUUCCAUCGGCACUUUGAUCACACGAUUUGGCUGUGAGGCAGCAGAGAUUCUCCUGAAGGCGAUGUGUCGAGGCGCAUGAGAGCCAUGUAGAUGAUGUGAUGAUGUUUGUUAACAUCGCUCAAAAACUUAGACAGUUUUACUUCUAGGUUUCAACCUUUUUUUUUUUCUUCUCUAAAACCUAAACGGAUAGAUUUGUUUGCACGUCAUUUUGUUAUAUUAACAGGUCUAUAAAAAUACGUAGCUAUGAGUCCAUCUUUAACUUAUGUAUUUCUUGUGGGUGUUCAUACUUAUGAUUGUGACUGUAGAUUAUACUGUUGCAGUUUGACCAUGGAGGUGUUUGUGAGAGGCUAAACAAACAGGAGCGAGCUUGUAGCAGUCCGGCACGUUCAAUAAACGUAGAGAUGUCUUUAUUGGCUGCUCACGCUGGCUACGAAGAGGUAACGGUGAACGCUAAUUCUCAGGGCACGUUUUGACCACUUUGUGUUGUUUGUGACGACAUUAACGCAAACAAAUUAGAGGUUUGAUUGAACCUCUUUUCCUCCAAAAGAUACCCCUGUUUUGUCACCCGACGGCCACGCCUCUCCUGUGUAUAGCUCAUCCUGGUGACCAUUGAGAAGAAACAGCGUGUCUUCUUGCCUUUCCUUCCACACGGCUUGGGGGAAAGGGCUCUGCCUUUGUUCCUCUGAAGCCCUAGCUGGUCGCCGGCCCUUAAGUUUCCCAUAUUGGGUGAACGGCUGGUAAACAGGAGGCCCAGGUCCCCGUCCGUACCAAGUGCCCUCUCCUCGGCAACGCUUCCAAACCAAAAGGGAUCAAGCUGGUGGCUCUGAACAUGUGUGAGCUGUACAUUGUGCUUGUACAAACACCAUUGGCUUGUGUGCAUGUUAUCACUCAGCCCGUUAUGUAUUUUCCACUCACGACUCUUCUCUCGUUGACAGGGACCAAUGUCAGUCCAAGGUGUAAUACAACACCCUUUUUAUAACCGUUUUCUCGUCCCCGUCGGUGUGCAAUGAAACCACAGCGCCCGCUUGCAGUAUUCUCUAACCGUCAGUCUCCUGUAUUCUCUCUGACCGUUAGUCUCUCUGUUUGCACAUGAGAGCUGCUUGAAUGCCACACUCUGUGUCUUGUUCCGUACAAAUCAUAAACCAAGUGUGGGCCUGGGCACAGAGGCCUUUUGUACCGACCCAGAGGAUGAGUGCACGCCUGUAGCCGCCUUCGUUGGGAGGUUUGGCUCGGGCCGGAACGCAAGCUACGGUCGCAUGCAUGACCCCGCUGCGGAUCCCCGAGGAUGUAACAUGUCUCAGCAGAGUGUUCCUGCGGACCUUGGGACCGACCUGGUCCGUGUAGAACAGACGGCUGUUUAGGGGAGGAAACGCAUUCUUCCAAGGCAUCAGUGAGCACACUUGGCAGCAUGUCCUCCAAUGCGAACGGGAUGAGGAACGUAUCCUAUUGUGAGUCCUGGUACCUUGUAUUACCUGAUUCUGAAUGGGAUGUUGAGCCUCAGGAGUAGGUGUUGGAUGUCAGGUUCUUAUUGAAUCAGGAUAUGGUGUGGCCUCUCCAUCCUUGGGCUCCAGUGUUAAGUAGAGCCAAAGCCGUACGCGUCGGUGACCAACACAUUGUUUAACGAGAAGUGCCACCACCCAAGACACACGUUUUCUUCUGAGUGUUUUAUUCUGGGUACCCCUGCCUUUUCGUCCUCUGUAUUGAUAAAUGCCAUUUUACUGUACUGUGCUCUAAAGUGUUCAUAUUUGCGAUUCCAUUGGUGUCAAGUAGCUAUAGUGCCACUCAUCUUCCCUACCUAGCAGGCCACCGUAUUGAUUUCCAGGUAUGAUUGAUGUGUCAGAAGCGGUUGUUUUUCUUCACAAUGACAGAGGGCCAAAAUGCUAUUAAGAGUUGAGAGUUGCUCUAUUUUCAUUGGAAAAGUGUGCGAAAACGCAACCAUUUCAACCUGCAGGCGACCGUUAUUUAUUAGAAUUUAAAGUGGCAGCAACCGGUGAUUUGAGAAAGGAUGUCACAACUGGCCCAACUCUUUUAACGCUGCCUUUUUGAAUUGACUGGAAAAGGAACUUAUGUAAAACUCAACCAUUGUGUCCACUACAAAUCCACCUGAUGUUCUCUAAACAAAUAGUGACAUUCUGAAGCAAUAGCUGGAUGAAUAUCACUAAUGAUUUACAAGAUGCUAAAAUACUUAUUUUGAAAAACAACUGCUAAGUGGAUCUGGAUAUUCAGACUUCUGAAGGAAGAGAAUUCUGUUCCUUGCACUCAUGAGUGUGUUGCUUGCGGCCAGAGAGGGCUGUUGUUGGAUCCAUGUAGAGCCCAUCAUUAUAAUAUUAAAUGGUUUGGACAUUAGGCGAAGACUCAAAACAUAGUGCAUCCCAUGUUUGACCCUAACACUGAAACAUUCAGACUGAUCUGAAAGAAGGCUCUUCUCUCGACAAGCAAAAUACAGGCGUUGAGAUAGCUGUAAUCCAAGCCUGGUGCCUUCAACUAGAGCGACAGUCGUGCAAUGAAACAUCAAUUUGUGUGGCGGUUGUAUUCGGAUGAUAUAAAGUGAAUUUAACUGUAUGGUGGUUGCGCACUUUCAACUCCACGCCUAUUUAUUUACCAUGAGUAAUUGUUAUUGAUCUACACUGAGAUGUGUAUCAUGCUAACCCUUUACCAGUCCCCAGGCAGUAGGGCUUUGCUUUCUCUGUCGACCAGUACCGCCAAACAGAAGAAUGCCUCAAGUUAUUAAAAUUGUCUGUCAAUGUGAUUAAUCAUUAAUCAUGUUUCAACUUGAGCCUUUUACUCGCCCAGUUUGAAUCAACACCGGAGUUUCUGUAAUAAUUGUUUGGCCACUGAGUACAAGCUAUGCAACACUAGUCCACGAUGGUAUAAUAUGUGCAUAUUGUAAAAUGGAUAUACUAAAAUGAUCGGUGUUGAUAUUUGUCGCCAAUAUUUUGGCCUAAUGUAAUCAACUCAUUUUAAUCAAGUAUCAAAAAAGAACCAAUCUGCCAAUUACGUUUUCAAGUGCCACUUGUUACAAGCUAUGCCUUUUUUUUUUUACAAUCUUUUAAAAAGAUUUUAUACACUAGGUUUUUUUUCAUGGGCAAUAUGAGUCUGAUAAAGAAUGCAAAUAUUCCUUGUCGUUUGCUUCUGGUUUGAUAACUUCGUUUCACUGUACAUUCUAACUUAUCCUGUUUUCCCAGUUAGUCUCAAUAAAAACAAAGUACAAAAGUCA